AUGGAUACACCCAGCACGUCCAGGUCCUACGCACACGCGACAUCGGCGCCCCUUGUGGUCCACCUCUCCAAUAGACAGGAAGAAGAAGUCUUCACUGAUGUAGACAAUACGACACCUUCCAGCCCCUUCCGGCCGUCUUCACCGCAAGUUGCAACUAUAGACAAUGAAAUAGAGCAACACAAUGUGGAAACCACGGGACAAGAAGACGAACUGAUGGAUGAAAAAAUAAAGCAUUACACCACCAGUAGAUCGAUAAGGAUCUCUACCAGUGGAAAUGUCCAAGUAGAAGAAAUCAUCACAGAAUGCGAGAAAAUAAUUGGAAAUAUAGGUGAAGUAGAACAAGUCUGCUUUAAACCAAAUAACAUCAUCGAGAUAGGACUAACUACUGCUGACGCCAAAGAAAAACUCAUAGGGCACAGUAUCAAGGUAGGCAGUUCUUUUGUUACGUGUGAAAGCCUUGAUGAGGACCUCCUGAUGGUCACCGUUAGAUAUGUACCUAACGAGGCCGAUAAGGAGGUCGUCAAGGGUGUUUUAUCGGAAUAUGGGAAGGUUAGCAAGGUGCUAGUUAACACCAUCACAAUUAAAGAUAGGAAAUUCAAAACGGGAACAUAUAGAGUCCUAAUAAAGACCAGGAAACUACUCCCGAACUAUGUUAACAUGUUAGGAAGUAAAGUAGAACUUCAUUACAUUGGUAGAAAAAAGCAGUGUUGGCACUGUGGGAGUUUGACCCAUGAAAUCAAAGAGUGUAAUCAGAAACUCUGCCACAGAUGCAAAAGUCCUCACCACCUGGUGAGGGACUGCCCGUGCUGCUACAGCUGCUACAAAAUACACGAAGCCGACAAACAAUGUCCCGAACAAUCCCUAAACGAGAUAUAUAGAAUGGGAGGGAGGAACAAAAAUAAAGAAAAAAAAACGCAAAAAAAGCCUAGAAAGAACAACAAAAGAAAAAGAAAUAGAAACAGAACAGGAUAA